GUCACACCAUUUGACACACAUUUGUAUAACGCUUUCAAACGCUUAUAACAAUUAACUCGUCAUUCAAUUGACUAUUAAAUCAAUUCAAUUGAAAGCCAAUCCAAUCCAUACAAACAAAUACAAUGGGUGUCCAUCACGUGGCAGACAAGGGAGACUUUGAUGGUCAAUUAGCGGGCGCGGGUGGCAAAUUGGUGGUGGUAGAUUUCUACGCGACCUGGUGCGGGCCCUGCAAAAUGAUUGGUCCCGUUUUGGACAAAAUGAGCGACGAGUUGGCGGCGGAAGUGGUGUUCCUGAAGGUCGAUGUGGACGAGAACGAAGACAUCGCCACC